AUGCCACACAACCCAAUCACUUGCCUCACGUCCCUGCUCUACUAUGUGAAGAAGCCUGAUGAGAAGACGCCUAGGGGAGUCAUUCCUCUCGAGGUAAGGCACUACACUAGCGGUGCCGCGUUGAGUUGGGCUGUGGUGUGGAGGAAGGACUGCAUAGUAGACGAGAUAGUGCCUCCAGAGGAGGUGCCAUCAGCGUCAGACAUCAAAGCGGGGUCCAACCCUUCGGCUCAGGCACUCUCCUUCAAGAUCGGCAACAGAGUGCCGUACAAGACCGUGGUCAAAGGGUCCAACCCCUCAGCACAGGCACUCUCCUUCAAGAUCGGCAACAGAGUGCCGUACAAGACCGUGGUAGUCCACCAGUCGCUCAUCCUCCGAGCAGACAACAUGGCGGAGAAGCAGCAGUGGGUGGCGCGCCUGCGCAGCCACACCAAGGCCUUCAAGGAGGCCCCGCCUCCACCCCCCCCUUCCUCCUCCACCGGGGGAGACACCGACCAAUCAGGAGACGAAGGGGCCGGCAGGGAUGGGGAUUCUGCUGGUGCUGGUGGUGGGAGUGGGGGCAAUAUUGUGCCGGGGGCGCUGGGGCAGGGAGGGGGAGGGGUGGCGGGGGCGGGGCGGGUGGUGAAUCCGGAGGAGGAGCUGAGGUACCAGGUGACAGAGGUGCGGCGAUAUGUGCAAGCGGUGCUUGUUCACCUGGCAGACAACAUUCCCAAGGCCAUCGUGUUAUCUCAGGUGGAGCGAGCACGGGACUCCAUGCUCACCAAGCUGUACCAGACAGUGAGCAGCAUGUCAGACGACAAGCUGCAUUCCAUGCUGCAGGAGGAUGCGGAGAGCGCCGGCAAGCGUGACAAGUUCAAGCGCAUGCGCGAUGCCAUGCUGCAACUGAAGCGAGCGCUUAGUUUGCACGAGGCGCGGGCGUCUGCUGAGGAUGAAGGGCAAGCGCGAAAAAUUCAAGCACAUGUGUUCAAGCACCUAGCUGUGCGUUUUCAUCCCUCUCUGUGCCAUUUCCGCCCCUCUCUGUGCCAUUUCCACCCCUCUCUGUGCCAUUUCCACCCCUCUCUGUGCCCUGUCCAUUCCCCUCCAUGCUUCCAUCUUGUGUCACCAGGCACCAAGGAGACAGUAGACGCGUGGAGAACAGCUUUCAACAAGGCCGCCUCUGCUGUUACCUCAAUCUCUGUGCAUAUGCGCCCUCUCUCUCUCUGCCAUCUUCCUUCCCGCUCCUCCUCCGCCAAUCAACAGCCGCCAGCUAUCACCCGAGGCAUGACCAUGGGCUCCGUGCCCAACCCGCUAGGUGCGGGAGUUCCCGGAGCUAUGGUCCCAGGUCCGGUGAUGGCUCGGGGACCGCCCAUGGUCCCGUCUGCAAGUACUGCCAGGAGUGCGAGUCCGCUGCGGCAGACCCUGGCAGGGGGGAUGGAUGCAGGAGGGGGGAUGGGGAACCCCUUGCGUGCCACGUCUAGGAGAACCCCUCCUGCCCCGCCCACUGGUUUCAGCUUCAAGUAA